AAUCAGCUCUCCGAGCGCACACAAACCAGUCCCCACUUUCGGGGCGGCCGGGCGGCGGGUUCCCGGGUGAUGCGCGGGAGGUGAGUGGUCUGCAGACCCUAGCGCCCGUCUCCGCCGUGACAGCGGCUCCACGCGCCACCGCGCGUGCGCAGCACUCUGCCCCGCUCCGCGCCCUCGACGGGCGGCCCUGGGCUUUCCGCCCACGGCCUCGGCGCGAGGGAUGAAUGACUGAGCGAGCGAGUGACUCCCGCCGCCUCCUCCCAGGUGACGGCGCGGCGACGAGGGGCGCGAGGGCCGCGGGCAGGAUGAACCGAGCCAAGCCCACCACCGUGCGCAGGCCUAGCGCGGCCACGAAGCCUUCAGGGCACCCUCCCCCUGGGGAUUUUAUUGCUCUGGGCUCGAAGGGUCAGACCAGUGAGUCAAAAACAGCAUCCACCCUGUUGAAGCCAGCCCCUUCCGGCCUGCCCUCCGAGCGCAAGAGAGAUGCUACGGCCUCCCUGUCUGGGGCCUCAGCGCUGACUGGCCUCACCAAGCGUCCCAAACUCUCCUCCACUCCCCCACUGAGCGCCCUGGGGCGUCUGGCCGAGGCUGCAGUUGCAGAGAAACGAGCCAUUUCUCCCUCCAUUAAAGAGCCGUCUGUGGUGCCCAUUGAAGUUCUGCCCACAGUGCUGCUGGAUGAGAUUGAAGCUGCCGAGCUGGAGGGCAAUGAUGACAGGAUCGAGGGAGUGCUGUGUGGGGCAGUGAAGCAGCUGAAGGUGACGCGGGCCAAGCCGGACAGCACACUCUAUCUGAGCCUCAUGUAUCUGGCCAAGAUCAAGCCCAACAUCUUUGCCACAGAGGGUGUCAUCGAGGCCCUGUGCAGCCUCUUGCGGCGGGACGCAUCUGUCAACUUCAAGGCUAAAGGGAACAGCCUGGUGUCUGUGUUGGCCUGCAACCUCCUCAUGGCUGCUUAUGAGGAGGAUGAGAACUGGCCCGAGAUCUUUGUGAAGGUAUACAUCGAGGACUCACUGGGCGAGCGGAUCUGGGUGGACAGCCCUCACUGCCGGACUUUUGUGGACAACAUCCAGACAGCCUUCAACACCAAGAUGCCACCCAAGAGUGUGCUGCUGCAGGGGGAGGGAGCACGCAGCGGGGGUGACCUCGGUGCAGGUAAGAGUUGGGGAACUCGGGGGUGGGGCAUGGCCCUCCACAGCCCUGGGAAACACCCAUGGGCUCCCACUGUCCCUGCAGGCAGCAGUCCCCAUCCCUCGCUCACAGAGGAAGAGGACAGCCAGACAGAGCUGCUGAUUGCUGAGGAGAAGCUGAGCCCUGAGCAGGAGAGCCAGCUCAUGCCAAGGUACGAUGAUCUCACAGAGAGUGUGGAGGAGUAUGUCCUGGACAUGCUGCGUGACCAGCUGAACCGGCGCCAGCCCAUCGAUAAUGUAUCCAGGAACCUGUUGAGGCUGCUCACCGCCACCUGUGGCUACAAGGAGGUGCGAUUGCUGGCUGUGCAGCGACUGGAGAUGUGGCUGCAGAACCCCAAGCUCACCAGGCCAGCCCAGGACCUGCUGAUGUCUGUGUGCAUGAACUGCAACUCACAUGGCCCAGAGGACAUGGAUGCCAUCUCCCACCUGAUCAAGAUCCGCCUCAAGCCCAAGGUCCUCCUCAACCAUUACAUGCUCUGCAUCAGGGAGCUGCUGAACGCCCACAAGGACAAUCUGGGCACUACCAUCAAGUUUGUGAUUUUCAAUGAGCUCUCCAAUGCGCGAAACCCCAACAACAUGCAGAUCCUCUACACAGUGCUGCAGCACAGCUCUGAGCUGGCACCCAAGUUCCUGGCCAUGGUAUUCCAGGACCUGCUGACCAAUAAGGACGACUACCUCCGCGCCUCCCGGGCCCUGCUGCGAGAGAUUAUCAAGCAGACCAAGCACGAGAUUAACUUCCAGGCCUUCUGCCUAGGGCUCAUGCAGGAGCGUAAGGAGCCACAGUACCUGGAGAUGGAGUUCAAGGAGCGGUUUGUGGUUCACAUCACGGAUGUGCUGGCUGUGUCCAUGAUGCUGGGCAUCACAGCCCAGGUGAAAGAGGCUGGCAUCGCCUGGGACAAAGGGGAAAAGAGGAACCUUGAGGUGCUGCGCACGUUCCAGAACCAGAUUUCAGCCAUCCAGCGUGAUGCCGUGUGGUGGCUCCACACUGUUGUCCCCUCCAUCAGCAAACUCGCCCCCAAGGACUAUGUACACUGCCUCCACAAGGUGCUUUUCACUGAGCAGCCAGAGACCUACUAUAAAUGGGACAACUGGCCUCCUGAGAGCGACCGCAACUUCUUCCUGCGGCUCUGCUCAGAGGUACCCAUCCUGGAGGACACCCUGAUGCGAAUCCUGGUCAUCGGGCUGUCCCGUGAACUGCCCCUUGGCCCUGCAGAUGCCAUGGAGCUGGCUGACCACCUUGUGAAGCGAGCUGCAGCCAUACAGGCUGAUGAUGUAGAAGUUCUGAAGGUGGAACGGAUCCAGUUGAUUGACGCAGUUCUAAACCUGUGCACCUACCACCACCCUGAGAACAUCCAGCUGCCACCUGGGUAUCAGCCCCCGAACCUCGCCAUCUCCACCCUCUACUGGAAGGCCUGGCCUCUGCUGCUGGUUGUUGCUGCAUUCAACCCAGAGAACAUUGGCCUGGCUGCAUGGGAGGAGUACCCCACCCUGAAGAUGCUCAUGGAGAUGGUGAUGACCAAUAACUACUCGUACCCACCAUGCACACUGACUGAUGAGGAAACUCGGACAGAGAUGAUCAACCGAGAGCUGCAGGUCUCCCAGCGGGAAAAGCAGGAGAUCCUGGCCUUUGAAGGCCACUUGGCCGCUGCUUCAACCAAGCAGACCAUCACUGAGAGCAGCAGCCUUCUCUUGUCACAGCUGACCAGCCUGGAACCCCAAGGGCCCCCACGGAGGCCACCUCCUCACAUCCUGGACCAGGUGAAAGCCCUCAACCAGUCACUGCGCCUUGGGCACUUGCUGUGCCGCAGCCGCAACCCCGACUUCCUCCUGCACAUCAUCCAGCGCCAGGCCUCUUCACAGUCCAUGCCCUGGCUGGCCGACCUGGUGCAGUCCAGCGAGGGUUCUCUGGAUGUGCUGCCAGUGCAGUGCCUGUGUGAGUUCCUGCUGCAUGACGCUGCUGAUGCCACCGCCUCGGGGGAGGAGGACGAUGAAGGGGAGAGCCGGGAGCAGAAGGCCAAGAAGCGGCAGAGGCAGCAGAAACAGCGGCAACUACUGGGCCGCCUGCAGGACUUGCUGCUGGGCCCAAAGGCUGAUGAGCAGACCACGUGUGAGGUGCUUGACUACUUCCUGCGGCGCCUGGGCUCCUCACAGGUGGCCUCCCGGGUGCUGGCCAUGAAGGGCUUGUCACUGGUCUUGUCGGAAGGUGGCCUGCGUGACAAGGAGGAGAAGGAGCCCCCCAUGGAGGAGGACACGGGGGAGGCAGACGCGCUGCAGGGCUACCAGUGGUUGCUGCGGGACCUGCCCAAGCUGCCCCUGUUCGACAGUGUGAGGACCACCACGGCCCUGGCGCUGCAGCAGGCCAUCCACAUGGAGACUGACCCCCAGACCAUCAGCGCUUACCUCAUCUACCUGUCCCAGCACACACCAGUGGAGGAGCAGGGUCCACACAGCGACCUGGCCCUGGAUGUGGCCCGACUGGUUGUAGAGCGCUCUACCAUCAUGGCGCACCUCUUCUCCAAGGCUUCCUGCAGCACAGCCUCCGAUGCUGUGCUCAGCGCCCUGCUGUCUGUCUUCUCCCACUACGUGCGGCGCAUGCGCAAGAGCAAAGAGGGAGAGGAAGUCUACAGCUGGUCUGAGUCUCAGGACCAGGUGUUCCUGCGCUGGACCAGUGGGGAGACAGCCACCAUGCACAUCCUUGUGGUCCAUGCCAUGGUCAUCCUGCUGACACUGGGCCCUCCCCGGGCUGGUGACAGUGAGUUCCACGAGCUACUGGAUAUCUGGUUUCCAGAGAAGAAGCCGCUGCCCACGGCCUUCCUGGUGGACACCUCUGAGGAGGCGCUGCUACUGCCAGACUGGCUGAAGCUGCGGAUGAUCCGCUCCGAGGUCCCUCGACUGGUGGAUGCUGCUUUGCAGGACCUGGAGCCCCAGCAGCUGCUGCUCUUUGUGCAGUCUUUUGGCAUCCCUGUGUCCAGCAUGAGCAAGCUGCUGCAGUACCUGGACCAGGCGGUGGCCCAGGACCCUCAGACGCUGGAGCAGAACAUCAUGGACAAGAAUUACAUGGCCCACCUGGUUGAGGUACAGCAUGAGAGAGGAGCUUCCGGAGGACAGACCUUCCACUCGCUACUCACGGCCUCGCUGCCACCCCGGCGAGACAGCACAGAAGCUCCCAAGCCAAAAAGUAGCCCUGAACCCCCACCGGGCCAGGGUAGAGCUCGGGCUGGGACACAGGUCCCAGUGCUCAGCCCAGAGGAUGACUUGGCUGGCAUCUUCCUGCAGAUCUUCCCAUUGAGCCCCGAACCACGGUGGCAGAACUCCAGCCCACGCCCCCUUGCCCUGGCACUGCAACAAGCCCUGGGUCAGGAGCUGGCCUGUGUCCUCCAGGGGAACCCUGAGGUGCCGGGCAUCACAGUGCGCCUCCUGCAGGCCAUGGCCACCCUGCUGAACUCCCCACAUGGUGGCACCCUAGCUCUGGCUAUGCACCACAGCCAUUUCCUGUCCUGCCCCUUGAUGCGUCAACUGUACCAGUACCAGCGUGCUGUGCCCCAGGACACCAGCCUUUCCUCACUGUUCCUCAAAGUACUCAUGCAGAUCUUGCAGUGGCUGGAUAGCCCUGCUGUGGAGGACGGGCCCCUGCAGGCCCAACUCAAGCUGUUUGCCACCCGGUACUCGGCAAGACGCAGGAUCAGCGAUGUGCGCAGUGGGCUUCUGCACCUGGCCGAGGCCCUGAACUUCAGCCAUGACCUGGAAGUGGUCAGCUCCACCGUGCGGGCCGUCAUCGCCACCUUGAGGUCUGGGGAGAAGUGCACUGUGGAGCCUGAGCUCAUAAGCAAAGUCCUCCGGGGGCUCAUCGAGGUGCGUUCCCCACACCUGGAAGAGCUGCUGACGGCACUCUUCUCAGCCACUGUGGAUGCCACCUCCCUGAGCUCAGCCUCUGGGCCCAUUGUGGUGGUGAGCUCCUUGCUGCUGCAGGAGGAGGAGGCCCCAGGUCCCGGCAAGCAGGACAAGGAGGGUGCCAGCACGGAGGCCACACAUAUGGGACCCACAUCAGGGCUGCUUGUGGAUUGGUUGGAGACACUGGAUCCCGAGGUGGUCAGCAGCUGCCCUGACCUGCAGCGGAAGCUGCUCUUCUCACGACGAAAGGGCAAAGGUCACUCAGGUGCCCAGGUGCUGUCCUUCCGUCCUUACCUCCUGGCCCUCCUCACGCACCAGGCUAGCUGGUCCACACUGCACCGCUGUAUCCGGGUCCUACUGGGCAAGAGCCGAGAGCAGAGGCUCGACCCUUCCGCUUCCCUAGACUUCCUCUGGGCCUGCAUCCAUGUGCCCCGGAUCUGGCAGGGCCGGGACCAGCGCACCCCACAGAAACGGCGGGAGGAGCUGGUGCUCCAUGUCCAGGGCCCAGAGCUUCUCAGCCUGGUGGAGCUAAUUCUGUCCGAGGCAGAGACCAGGAGCCAGGACGGGAACAGCGCAGCAUGCACCCUCAUCCAGGCCCGGCUGCCCCUGCUGCUCAGCUGCUGCCAUGGCAACGAUGAGAGCAUUGGAAAAGUGACGGAGUACCUGACUGACUGCAUCCAGCAGUGGGGGGACAGUGUGCUGGGCCAACGAUGCCGAGACCUGCUGCUUCAACUUUACUUGCAGCGGCCGGAGCUGCGGGUGCCGGUGCCUGAGGUCCUGCUGCACAGUGAAGGUGCCACCAGCAGCAGCAUCUGCAAGUUGGAUGGGCUCAUCCAUCGCUUCAUCACGCUGCUGGCGGACACCAGCGACUCCCGGUCCUCCGAGAGCCGAGUGACUGAUGCCAACAUGGCGUGUCGGAAGCUGGCUGUGGCCCACCCCAUCCUGCUGUUGCGGCAUCUGCCCAUGAUUGCGGCCCUCCUGCACGGACGCACGCAUCUGAACUUCCAGGAGUUCAGGCAGCAGAACCACCUGGCCUUCUUCCUACACGUGCUGGGCAUUCUGGAGCUGCUGCAGCCUCGCGUCUUCCAGAGCGAGCACCAGGGGGCGCUGUGGGACUGCCUGCUCUCCUUUAUCCGCCUGCUCCUGAACUACCGGAAGUCUUCCCGCCAUCUGGCCCCCUUCAUCAGCAAAUUUGUGCAGUUUAUCCAUAAGUAUGUGGCCUGCAGCGCACCAGCAGCCGUGGCCUUCCUGCAGAAGCACGCAGAGCCCCUGCACGACCUAUCCUUCGACAACAGCGACCUGAUGAUGCUGAAGUCUCUGUUGGCGGGGCUCAGCCUGCCCAGCAGGGACGGAAGAACUGACCAAGGCCUGGACGAGGAAGGCGAGGAUGAGCGCUCAGCUGGCUCCCUGCCCCUGGUCAGUGUCUCCCUGUCUACCCCACUGACGGUGGCUGAUGUGGCCCCACACAUGAAGAGGCUGUCUCGGGGCCAGGCUGUUGAAGAUGUGCUGGAGACUCUGAGCGACAUAGAUGAGAUGUCACGGCGGAGACCCGAGGUUCUGGGCUUCUUUUCAACAAACCUGCAGCGACUGAUGAGCUCAGCAGAGGAGUCAUGCCGUACCCUAGCCUUCAGCCUGGCGCUGCGCUCCAUCCAGAACAACCCCAGCAUCGCCGCUGACUUCCUGCCCACUUUCAUGUACUGUCUGGGCAGCCGGGACUUCGAGGUGGUACAGACUGCCCUCCGGAAUCUGCCAGAGUACACCCUGCUGUGCCAAGAGCAUGCUGCUGUGCUGCUGCACCGGGCCUUCCUGGUGGGCAUGUAUGGCCAGAUAGAUACCAGUGCCCAGAUCUCCGAGGCCCUGAAGAUCCUGCACAUGGAGGCUGUGAUGUGAAAUGUUGUCCCAGCAAGCUGCUUCAUGGUGGCCUCACCCCUGAGUUCUGGCAGACUGACGAGCAGAGAACAACACUCCUGCCCAGCAGUUGGCACUGGUGGCCCUCCCCUAACCUCCCCACCUCUGGGUCACAACAGAGCACAAGGGAUGGGAGGAGAGGCUGAUGUGCUGGCAUGGCAUGGCAUGGCAAGGUCCAUUUCAAAUGAAACAGUUCCCAUGUGC